AUGAAGGAGAAAUCUAAAAAUGCCGCCCGGACUCGACGGGAAAAGGAAAAUAGUGAAUUUUAUGAACUGGCUAAACUCUUGCCACUGCCGUCCGCCAUCACCUCCCAGCUGGAUAAAGCCUCAAUCAUCCGGCUCACAACAAGCUACCUGAAAAUGAGAAUAGUCUUCCCCGAAGGCCUGGGGGAGUCCUGGGGACACGUGAGCCGCAGCACUUCUUUGGACGGGGUCAGCCAGGAGCUGGGCUCCCAUCUCUUACAGACAUUAGACGGCUUCAUUUUUGUGGUUGCUCCAGAUGGGAAAAUAAUGUACAUAUCAGAAACAGCAUCAGUGCACUUGGGCCUGUCGCAGGUAGAGUUGACGGGAAACAGCAUUUAUGAAUACAUCCAUCCAGCAGACCAUGAUGAAAUGACAGCUGUCCUCACAGCACACCAGCCUUACCAUUCACACUUUGUUCACGAAUAUGAGAUGGAGCGUUCCUUUUUUCUGAGAAUGAAAUGUGUCCUUGCUAAAAGAAAUGCUGGGCUUACCUGUGGAGGCUACAAGGUUAUCCACUGUAGCGGCUACCUGAAGAUCCGUCAGUACAGCCUGGACAUGUCUCCAUUUGAUGGCUGUUAUCAGAAUGUGGGGCUGGUGGCUGUCGGUCACUCGUUGCCACCCAGCGCUGUCACCGAGAUCAAACUGCACAGCAACAUGUUCAUGUUCAGAGCCAGCCUGGACAUGAAGCUCAUCUUCCUCGACUCACGGGUUGCAGAGCUGACAGGCUACGAGCCUCAGGAUCUAAUCGAGAAGACUCUCUAUCAUCAUGUCCACAGCUGUGACUCCUUCCACCUGCGAUGUGCUCAUCACUUGUUGCUGGUGAAAGGUCAGGUCACCACUAAGUACUACCGUUUCUUGGCCAAGCAUGGAGGCUGGGUGUGGGUUCAGAGUUAUGCAACCAUUGUACACAACAGCCGCUCAUCCCGACCGCACUGCAUCGUCAGUGUCAACUAUGUUCUCACGGAGACAGAGUACAAAGGCCUCCAGCUUUCUCUGGACCAGGCCACGUCCAAGACCUCUUUCCCCUACAGCAGCAGCACAGCCAGCAGCCUUACAGAGAACUGCAGAACCCCCAAGAGCAGAGUAUCCCGGCCCAAGACCAAAGCUAGACUCUCACCAUACACACAGUAUCCUAGUUUCCAGACGGAGCGCUCAGAGUCUGACCAGGACAGUCCCUGGGGUAGCAGCCCCCUCACAGACUCAGCCUCCCCACAGCUGCUGGAGCAGAGUGAAGGCCUGGAUGCCUCCUGUGUGUACAGACAGUUCACCACUGAUCCCCGCACAGUCUGCUACAGCUUGACUGAAGAGCACCAUCACACCACCAGUGACGGCUACCCACACCUCCACGCACAUGGUCAAGGUCAGAGUUGUGAGCGAGGUCGAUGUGAAGCUGGGCGAUAUUUUCUAGGAGCGCCUCCGCCUGGCAGAGAUGCGUGGUGGAGCGCCGCUCGCUCUGUCCUUCCACUGAGUAAGAGCUCCUUGGAGAACCGUGAGGGAUGCGACAGCAGUGUGCCGCACAUCACAGCCAUCCACAGCUACCAUGGCCGGGGCCACUGGGACGAGGACAGCGUGGUCAGCUCUCCAGAUGGAGGCUCAGCCAGCGACUCAGGGGAUCGAUACCAAACUGACCACUACCGCUGCAGCCCGCAGGAACCCAGCAAGAUCGAGACGCUGAUCCGAGCCACACAGCAGAUGAUCAAAGAAGAAGAAAAUCGACUUCAGCUGCGGAAGGGCCCUCCUGAUGUCCCACUGGGGCCAGCCAAUGGGCUGCCCAAGGGUGCCGGUCCAUGCUUUACUCCUGAGUUUCCUCAAGGGACCCUGCCACUACAGACUGUGGUGUGUCGAGGUUUGAGUCAUGUGAUCAGCCCUGCGCCUAGUCCUGCCCCCCUGUCCAGACUCAGCAGUCCAGGUCCUGAUCGCCUCCACAAGCCCAAAGACUACCUCCAAACAGACCUGUCCCCCCUGUCUUUGCCACUGCACCACCCGUUCGGUCGGCCGGGUCCGUGCUCGGCUUCCCCCACCUCGGCCCCAGCCCUCUACCCUUCCCACAGCCACUCGCGGCCAUACUCAGAAAAGCAUAAAGCCUACUCCCUGACAGGCUACGCUCUGGAACACCUCUAUGACCCUGAGAGCCUCCGGGGCUACUGCACCUCUGCCAGCACGGGCCCCACCCACUACGAUAUGACCCCUCACCUCCGCAUACCGGCAGAGCAGACCCCCGGACAUAAAGGGACCUCUGUCAUUAUCAGCAAUGGCAGCUAACAGUCGUCCAACACACACAGGGGGACUGCAGUCACACAGCCACAUGAAGCCAUCGUUACUCUGAGUCCUGUUAGCCUGUUUUCCAUCUUACUGAUCCAUUUCUUCCAAUCACUGCUUCAUUAGAGAACUUAAAUGAAACUUUUCCCCCCAAAUGUUGCUCAAACUUCAG